CUUACCGUGAGAAUGGGUAUCAGGAUUUUGAAGAAUUUAUGUUCAUGCGGUGAAAAGUAGGUAAAACAGGGUACUCUUGUUGUUGCUGAUGCGGGAAAUUGGAUGGGUUUGAUUGGUAAUCCUAAGCAACCUGCGUUUUGCCUAAAAUGGCCAUGGGAUGCUACAAACCAAAGUGCCAUAAACCCUAACCCCUGCAACUUUGAGGGUCCUUGGCCAUUCAAGUCUCUAGCCUCAAUCGCUUUCAAUUUUGUCGCCUCUCUUUCGAAUUCUUCAACUCCUCACAGUCCCAAUUCCUUCAACAAAAUUAGUCACGCCAAUAAUUUGAAUUUGGGGAAGAAGAAAAUUACCCCUUCCGCCGGCGCCGCCGAUCAGGCGGAGGCGGAGCAAAGAGCGUUUGCGUCGGCUCUGGCGAGCGGGAAGGAGGCCACAGUGCUUGAGUUCUACUCACCAAAAUGCAGGCUUUGCAAUUCGUUGCUUAGUUUUGUUUCGGAUGUGGAAACCAGGAACUCUGAUUGGCUCAACAUUGUCAUGGCUGAUGCUGAGAAUGAGAAAUGGCUCCCUGAGCUCCUUAAUUAUGAUGUUAGGUAUGUUCCAUGCUUUGUGCUUCUUGACAACAAAGGAAGGGCCCUGGCAAAAUCGGGUGUCCCAAAUAGUCGUUUACAUGUUAUAGCAGGACUCUCCCAUCUUCUCAAAAUGAAGCGUCCUCAACAAAAUAAUGAAUGAUGAAUGAUGAAUGAUGAAUGAUGAAUGAUGAAUGAUGGGAGUCUAGUGCAUGAAAAGCAAUAUUUGUUUCUUGUCCUGGUAUAUGACCUUGAGUUGCACUUCUUCUUCUUGUUUUUAUGUAUACAUGGGCUCGGGUCUCUCUUAAUUGAGAUGGGAUUUCUUGUGAUCUCAGUUGGAAUUUGUUUCUUUUAAGUAAGAGAUGAAUAACAUAGGCUUGUCAUGUAGUUAUCCUUAAAAUUCAAGUAAACUUGAGUGAAUUACAUUUUAUACAAAUUAUUCGU